ACGCAGGAAAAAUCUAAGGAUAUCUCCCAAAGCUUCUUCCUCCUUGUCUUUUAAAUAGAAUAUAACAUCAAACCAGACAUUAUAACUAAAAAGCUUGAAGCAGUUCGGCGAGAGGAAUUUGAAAUACGAACUGCAGUAAUUUGACUGGAUACAGUGGAAACCAAACCACACACACGAAGAAAGGGUGUGAUGGCAAAGAAGCCCCCAAAACCAGCCCCUCGCAGGAUUUUCCAAGAAAGAUUAAAGAUGACUGCUCUACCUUUGUACUUUGAAGGCUUUUUAUUAGUCAAGCGAUCAGAAUACCACGAAUAUAAACAUUAUUGGACAGAGUUGAGAGGAGCUACACUUUUCUUUUAUACUGACAAAAAAAGUAUAAUACAUGUGGACAAAUUAGAUGUACUAGACCUUAUACGCCUUACUGAACAGAAUUCAGCUGAAAAGAAUUGUGCAAACUUCACCCUUAUUUUGCCAAAAGAGGAAGUGCAUCUGAAGACAGAGAACACAGAAAGUGGGGAAGAAUGGAGAGGCUUCAUUCUUACAGUGAAAGAGUUGUCUGUGCCCCAAAGUGUUUCACUUCUACCUGGGCAAGUGAUUAGACUGCAUGAAGUCCUGGAGAAAGAAAAGAAAAGAAGGUCUGAGAGACAGCAGCUACCAGUCACAUCUGUGGAAAAAGAGAAGGCCCCAAGUGAAGAACAGGUGAUUGCACUGAACCCUAUGCCAGCAUGUUUUUAUACAGUUUCCCGGAAGGAAGCAACUGAAAUGUUGGAGAAGAACCCUUCCCUAGGAAAUAUGAUUCUGAGGCCUGGUAGUGACAGUAGAAACUACUCCAUCACUAUCCGACAGGAGACAGACAUGCCAAGAGUCAAGCACUACAAAGUAGUAAGCACAGGAGAAAACUACACUAUUGAAUUGGAGAAACCUGUCACACUCCCAAGCCUUUUCAAUGUCAUUGAUUAUUUUGUGAAGGAGACUCGGGGAAAUUUACGGCCAUUUAUCUAUUCCACUGAUGAUAACUUUGGCCAAGAACUCAACACUGAAGGGACAAGUAAGAAGUUGAAGAAAAAUCCAUUAUGUCACAUGAAAUAGAGUGUGGAAAACUGCCUGAAU